UAAAAGGUUUGGUUUCGCGUUUUCUAUUUACCUCACGCCUGUAUCUCAUUUCGAAGUAUUGAAUGGCGAAAGCAAUGCGAUGUUCACCAUGGGAUAAUCUAUAGAGGCCUGUAAAUGGAUCCAGCGGCUUUGCGUGAAAGUCCUGCGGGUUCAGGAGCAACUUCAGUGGAGGAGAGAGGAGGAAAUGAGACGGAUGAAGGGGUGACUGAUGACGGCAGAGAAGCUGAUGGGGAAUCCGAGGAAACAGAGAUGGAGAGGAAGGACUGCGAGAGAUCAGCAUGUCCAGAUGAAAACUCACUUAAUGGUAAACAGACCGAGGAGGAACUGGAUCCCAGAAUACAGGAGGAACUAGAGCGCCUGAAUGAGACCAGCGAGGAGAUCAACAAGAUGGAACUGGAACUCCAAGAGUCUCGGUCCAGCCACAGGAGGAUAAUGAAUGAAUCUGUGCUUAAACUCAAGGCGAAAAGUUCAGAACUGGGGUCCUGCAUCGAGAAGGCCAGGCCUUACUAUGAGGCACGCAGGAAAGCAAAGGAGGCCCAGCAGGAGACCCAGAAAGCCGCGCUCAGCUUUGAGAGAGCGGUGUCCAUGCACUCGGCUGCUCGAGAGAUGGUCCAUGUGGCUGAACAGGGCCUCACUGCAGUCAAGACGCUGGAUCCAACCUGGCAAGAGAUGUUGAAUCAUGCUACCUCAAAGGUGAACGAGGCGGAGGAGGACCGCAUGAAGAGUGAACGCGAGCACAUGCGUGUCACCCAGCUGUGUCAGGAGGCCGAAGCCCACGUGCAGGAGCUGCAGAAGUCACUGAAGAGAUCCAUCAUGAAGUCCAAGUCUUACUUCGAGCUUAAGGCUCAGUUCAAUGACAUCCUAGAGGAGCACAAGUCAAAAAUUUUAGAGUUGGAGGAACAUAUUUCCAAAGCCAAGUUGAACUACUCCAGCACCUUGCGCCACCUGGAACAAAUCAGCGAGGAGAUUCAUGCCCAGAGGGAGCAGGAGCGAGCAAAGGACGGACCAAUCAAAACGUGCGGUGGGCGGAGCCCUCCUGUUGGAGCAGAGGCAAUCAGCAGCACGGGUACCGAAGGCGGAGCUUGUGGAGGCUACCCGAGACCAAGCGAUUGGUUGGAUGGGAAAGAAGGCGUGACUAAUACCAGAGAGUGGGUGGAGACGCAUCAAAACUCCAGGUGGGUGGACAUGGGAAGAGCUGAGGUGACCAGAUCUGGUUCAGACUCUCUUUCCAACGUCAGCUUCCAGACCAUCAUCUCCGAUCUUGGAAAGUAUGACUCAGUCGAACACCUCGGUCAUCUCAGCAGCAACGUCAGUCUCUCAGGGGAGGAAGGGGAGAGAGACGAGAUGGAGAACGGUAAAAAAUGUCCUAAAAAGUUAGACAUUUCAGAGGAGUUUCUCAAACAACACAUGAGAAGUGUCAGUUUAUGAGAGCAUCCAUGAAUCAUGUUUUCCUUACACGAGGAAGGUGUUUCUUGACUGACAGAGCAACUCUUAAAUAUUAUUUAUUGUUGAGCCUUUUUAUCAGUACUUGAAAAGGAGAAAGACAAAAGAGAAUGAUGAUGAUGAUAAUAAUAAUUAUUUUAAAUUAUUUUUUUUUACCCAACCAUCACAUGAGAAGUUUGUCCUGUUUGAGUAUCUCAAAUAAAGUGGUAAAAGACUGACGAUAUUUGCAAGGCUAGUAACCCUGCUAUUCCACUUAAUUAUAAAAUACAACAAAUAUAUUUUUUCAUCCUAUUAAGCACCUAAUAUUUUUCUAUGCAAAUGUAUAAAACUGUGUCUUAUACACUCAUUCUUCUUAUUAUAGUCUCUAUAGCUGACAAGAUAAAAUUAUUUUAGUCUUAUCGGAUUUUACUGACCGCUGAUGAACUUUAGUUCUUACUGACAUAAUCACUCUUUAAAGGUAAAAUGCCAUUAAUCAUUAGCUAAUGCUAGGCUCUAAAAUGUCACUGACAUUUUUUCUUAAGUUAUGUCAAAGCCCUUUUUAUUUGAAUAUAUUAGUCCCAUGCUGACUUAGAAAUAGUGGUUUACAAAAAGUGCUUUGUGCCCUAGUGACAUACUGUACUGACAUACUGCGAUAUAUUUUCCAAUCAAAUCCUAUAGUUCUUAAUGCACGCAUGAGGUUUGGUUUAUGUCCGUCUCAUUUGCGUUAGUGCGCUCCGGCCUUUUUAUCAGAAGAAACAUUGAUUAUGACAGAAGUACAGAGUUUAUGAAGUUGGAGAAAUGAAGUGAUUUUUAUUCUCAGUGCAGGGUUCGUAAAACACCGGCUGCUGAUCAUUUUGAUGUUUAAGACAAUCACUUUUCUAUAUUUCAGAAUUUAUUUUCCAUUUAAUGAAUUUCAAGUGUCUUUAAAUGCUGAUUAUCCGAGAGUCUUUGUUCAUUCAGUGUGCUUUAUACAUCUUGGCUAUUUUGAUAUUAUUAUAUUUAUAUUGUUGUGUUUAACAUGUUCUGUGUGAAGAUGUGCACAUUGGUGAUGUCUGAUGGAACAAUAAAUGUAUAUGUAUGAAUUUA